AUGGCUGACUCCGUUGGCCUACAAAUUGACGUUGGCGGCUUGUCUCUGGCAGGUCUGAAUACCUUCUCAUCGGUUCUCGCGGUCCUUUCCGCAGACGAUGUCCAACCAACCGCUAUGCUACAGCUGGAAAGGCUGGGUGCAGCAUUCCCAAUCAGCGGGCCUCUUCGAGCCAAAAUUCCUGAUUAUCUCCAACGAUGCAGCAACACACGUCUGGAACGUCUUGGUUUGACUAUCGGCUGGAGAAAAGGAGAUGCUGCAUCUUUGAUGUCCCAGACCGCUGGUGGGCAAGCUAUUGCGCUACUGGUAACUUGUCUUGAAAACAUAUACGGAGCCGAUGCGACGGCAACCAUUCUUUACAGACUUUCCAGGUCUGUUCUGCCAAACUCUUCUCGUCUCAGCAGUCCGAAACAAUUGGCCCAAGCCACGGAUAUCCUCGCGCGGAAGAGUGGUGCCAUAGGCUUUGGGACUUUGCUUGCUAAACAUGUAUGCCGAAUCCAUGAUGUGUAUUGGCAGCUACAACGCAAAGCGCCGAUGAGUCUUUUGGCUUCCCUGGGCCAGGAAAGCAUGGAUGAGAUUCUUGGCAAAUUCUCUCAGGCACUGAGAGAAGAAAGGUCUCUUGUUAGGGUUCGCGGCUGCGCGAGUAUGGGCUAUAUCUUCGCUCUUGCCGUGUCGUUGUUCUCGGAUGAUUGCCUCGUCACGGUUGAGAAUCUCAUUGUCCACAAAGGAUGCCGCUCUUCCUCGAUCACUAUCGAGAUUACUGAGUCUAUUGGGGACAAAUCUCUGCAGGUGCAAUUAAUGGGGAAAAUUGGCUCGGUAUCUGAAAUCACCGCCAGACAAUCUCAAAUUUCACCGUCUUUGAAAUUCGUCUACAAAGGCCACUUUGCUGAAUAUACUCGAAUUCGUCUGAACGACUUGGGUUUGAUGUGCGUGCCUAAUACUCUGGUAGCCAUAGGUACUUGCGUCCUGUCUCUUUCAGAUCUGAUCUAUGUUUCCAUUGGAGAUCGCCCCGAUACAAAGACACGGGUCAUAGUGAAUUUGUAUAGCCAAAUCUUCGGGGAAAAUCCUCGCACAAGUCUUCAUCAACGUUGUGAAGAUGCAUUCGGGGUUGACCUCCCCCUUAAGUGGCCUUCAUUCAAUGAAGCACUGUCUGGGUUAAAGCAUGUGUUGGCACGAUCAAAUCAAGCAGACAGCUUCGCAAGUCUCUGUGAUCAGUCUGGUCUAUAUGCAAAUCCAUCUGAUGUUCUACUUCGCAUUAUUGAUGCCGGUGUUGCGGCCCUCCUCGUGUUCUCUCGUGGGCAGGGGGCUGUCUGGCAAGAGUGCUCCAAUAAGACAUGGCGUCCAUCCGAGAGGAUUCUGAGACAAGGCGCUAAACAAGUGGUGCUGUCUCCUUCGGAGUUAUUGAAUGAGCUGUUUUCGUGGGAGGAUGAAAGACUCAUCGCAAGAUCAGACGGAGCAGCAACUCUUAUUCCUGCUGGCAUCCUCUACUUCGGCCAUGAGAUUUGCCAUUACCGAGGGCUUGAGUUGAUAGACGGGCUCAUAUUCCAUGAGAACCGGUACCAUAACAAGGUCAUCUCCGAUAUUGGUACUGAUGGCCCAAGACCCAUUGCAUCAGCACCCAGAGUCAAACCCAUCCAUCCCACGGCUGAUGGGGUUCCUUUGGACAUAUCAUUCGCUGUAGCCGAGGACGUUCACGGACUAGUCCUAGAAUGUACAGCGACAUUUGCUGGUUUACGACAGUCCAUCAAUCUUCGUGAACGCAUCGAUCAACUGUUUGGGCUUCUCGAUGCUUAUCCAUGUAAUCAUUCAAGGAAGACUGUGCUGAAGCAAGAAUAUGUGCGCGUGGUGCAAACAAACUCGGCUCUAUCUCCCGAUGGAAGAAAUGGGGACCAUUUAUCUAUCGUCCAAACAGCUGGCCAUCCUACAGCGCAGCUCCUUGCUUUGACAAGAUGGGAACCGGCAAUCCUUUGCCGUGAGUGCUGUUUGAAUUGUGCGUACGAGCAGGCUCGAGAGAAGGAGAUCUACAAGAUCAUAGUUGCUUAG